AUGAGGUUUCCUCUUCCUGACAAGUUUAAGAUGCCUCGAGUCGACAAGUACGAUGGAAGCAAAGAUCCUUCUGAUCAUAUGGAAAGUUUUCGAGAUCACAUCAUUCUUCACGAUACUCCAGACGAAAUAGCUUGCCAAGCUUUUCUGUUAACUCUGGAAGGUGUUGCUAAAGAAUGGUUUGGAGGACUGAGUCCUAAAUCUGUUGAUAGUUUUGAUUAUCUCGGACAACAAUUCCUGGCCUUGAUGCAUGGCAUAAAGGCUGAUGGGCCAUUGAUGGUAGAAUUAUCUCGGAAAUCAACUUCGGGAACUCUUCGGCAAUUCUCUAACAAAGUUGAGGAAUUCAUCAACCAAGAAGAAACUAUCUCAGCUUUGAUGAAGUCUAAACCUGAAGAAAGUAGGCCUAUUCCAGAUUCGGCUACGGUAACACCAAAAACUUUUGUGGAGAAGAAGAAAAAGAAAAAAAGAGACCAUCAGAAGGUGUUCACGGAGGUAAAGAAGGAUCCGAGCUUCAGAUGGCCUGGAAAGAUGAAAGCUCUUCCCCAAAAUCGCACCACUCAGAAGUUUUGCGAGUAUCAUAACGACCAUAGGCACUAUACCGAGGAUUGUAUAAGUCUUCAGUUCGAAAUGGAAAAAUUUCUCGGAAAUGGAAAGUUAUUGAAGUUCGUAGCCGAAGAGAAGGGUCAAGAGAAGAAUCCUCCGGUUGGGCAGAGCCACCAGUCAGGACCAAGCUCGGGGCUGAACAAUGAUGGCCUGCACAAUCAGAGACAAAGGCGUGAUGAACCGAGGGUUCCUCAGAUCAGUCAAUGA